CCCCAUAUAUAUUCUCAAAUUUCUCCCCCCUCUCUCUCUCUCUCUUUCCGUUUUUCCUUUUUCGCUCCCUCAAUCUCUAACUAUCAAUCUCAACCCUAGAACCCUCAGUUUUCCUCUCUUCCUCCGCCGUCUACGGAGGCGAGUUUCCAGGACGCCGUCGGUGGAUAAAUCUGGCCGUACUUUCAUCGGUCACCGUCGCAAGGACCGCCGCCUCUCGAUCCGAUUUCCGUCGUAUCGACGUUUCGGAUUCGGUUUUUAAACAGACCAUUUUCUCUCUCAAAAUUUCGGAGAGUUUACGCUUUGAUCCUUUUUCGUUGCUGGAGUUACUGACAUUCACCGUCUGCAUCUUUCUUUAACCGCUCCAAGUUCUUUAUUAUUAUUAUUAAUUUUUCUUUUUUUUUUUUUUCAUUUCCUCUUAUCAUUUGCGAUUUGAAAUUUGUUACGUCCGAAACGUCCAACUCUGGGUGAUUUGACGGGUGAACCUUUCUAGGAGUAGGAUUUUACGAUUUUACCCCUUUGUAGUGCCACGUGGCAUGAUCUAAGGUUGAGGAUGAGUGUUCACUCACGCACCAUCACCACCAUGUUGCCUCCUAGGGCGUCAAGGAAGCGAAAGGAGGUUGAGCCGUUUGUGAAGCCAAAAGCUACGGGAGUCGACUCAGUCUCGUCGAAUCAGCUUCUAGCCGGCUACCUUGCUCACGAGUUUCUCAGUAAAGGCACUUUGUUUGGGGAGAAGUAUGAGCCGGCUCGAAGUGAAGCCGUUGGAAUGACUAGCUCACAGCCAUCUGAGUGUAAGAGGACGAAGCCGGAAGCCGCCGCCGCUGCCGCUCCGAGCGUCAGAAAAGAAAAUCAUAGCUAUGCUGAGGUGGCAAGCAUCUUGAAAAUGGAUGGGGCCCACUUGCCUGGGAUUGUUAACCCGGCCCAGCUCGCUCGGUGGAUUAAAAUGUAACGUCCGGCGUGGUGUCCUUUCAUUGGAUGUAAAUUUUACUUUUUAAGUUUGCGUUGAAAUUUCUCAUUUCUCAUAACAGUUGGAAGGAUGGAAGUAGAGACGAGUGCUCUCUCUCUCUCUCUCUCUCUCUAAAAUAGCUCUCGGGAAUUUUCUCUCUCAUUCUCUUUUGUUCUCUCGAAUUUCAUAUGAGUGUAGCGAGAUCUGUUGCUGAUCAACGUAUAGGACUGAGUUCGGAAACGGAGAAUCAGUCAGCUUGUUCUAAUGCUAUCUAUAAUGGAUGCAUGCAUAAGCUUUCAUAAACCGCUAAUGUCGAACCGGCAUUUGCUUUAGAAAUCGGAGCCAUGAUGAUUGAGAAUGUCGGAUGAUCGGAUAAUCAAGUUCAAAGAACUUGUUAUGGCUUAUGGCUUUGGAUAUCCGUGCGUAUUCUCUGUUUCUGCCGUCAGCUUCACUUGGAAGGAAACCGCCUUUAAUUUUAGUAACAUUCUAUCUGCAAGAAACGCUCUAUGGUUCGAUUCCAUUACCACGGCGCAACAAGAAGUAUCACGGUAGUUUUCAAUCUUCAAAAGUUUUGUGUACUUCAAAUAUGUCAGACGAACACGUCUCCCCACAAUGGUGGUAUGAUAUUGUCCACUUUGAAUAUGUGGUUAUUUUUUCCUCCUAUUAAGUUUUUCUUUUCCAAAUUUCUCUUUUCCAAAUUUCUUGCAUCGAAAGAAAAGGGAAUUUUGAAAGCGUGUGAUACAGUUAAAUAACUGUUGUGUUUGAAAACUCUUUUAUACUUUA